AUGAUUACUUUAUUUUCUUUUGCCUUAUGGCUACUCUCACUCCGCUCCAUUACCAGUGAUGUUGUUCAAUUCGAGUUGGAAGUCAAAUUCUCGGAUUCUGAUCGCUCGAAAUACUUGGCCGUUGAUUUAACAACCUCCGAAAGCUUUGUUUUCGAUUACCGCGCCUUCAACAAAUCGCACGUCGACGCAUUUGAUCCAUCUGCAUCAAAAACCUUCAAAAAGAUCUCCGACUCCUUCAAAGCAUCCUAUUUUACCCCAGCAAACAGUCAGAACAUGACGGUACAAGGAUUUUUAGGGGCGGACGUCAUCAACACCACUGGCAAAGUUUUGAUUGGUGAUUUCGCGGUUGUAAAUUGGGCUGACGGAAAGGGAGUGUUGAAUUCAAUUGAUGGAAGCGAAAAAGCCGGAAGAGUUGGGCUAUCGCGUGCCAAGGCGACGCAUGUUGAUUUGAGAUCCGCCAUCUUUGCAGCACAGAAGGAGAAAAACCUCUGCUUGGCUAUUUUCCGGUUUGAUGAGUAAGUUUUGUGGGGAAUUUAAAAGAACUCGCACUCAAAGACGUUGAAAAUGUCUCAUAUGAAAACUGGAAUGUAGAACAGCACAAAUUGCUUAAAUUUUUGGAUAUAAGAAGGCUGUAGAUUCGAAUUUUUUGUCGAUGACGUCAUCCACGAGUUUUACCAUAUCUUUUUCGACUAUUGAUAAAAAGCUUUGGCGGUUUCUGCAAAUGUUGUUGUGCAUGUCUGAAGUUAGAAAAUAAUGUCUCACCGACCUUUACAUAAUUAUGUUUGUCCAAAAUUAAAACCUUCCCUUGUAAAAACAAUCAGAAGUUUUUCUAAUUACAGUAUAUUGCAGCGAAAUACUGACCGCUGUCAAAUUUGGUAAACCGUAUUACGAACCGGAAGAGGUCAUCACCCAAUUCAAAGCGGCCGACAACAACAAUGGCCAUUGGCAAGUGCCAGUGACUUCUGUCGAAGCCGGCGGUUACAAAUAUCAAGUUGGGACGCCCGGAAUUCUCAGCACUUCAACGGAUCAAAUCGUUUUCCCAACACCAAUCUUCAACUCAGUUGUACGGGCGUUGAAAGCGACGUUGGACAAGGCGCUAAACGCCUAUGUUGUGGACUGUUCGAAUAAGGAAAUAUUGAAGAUUGGGGUGAAUUCUAAGCUGUUUGAGAUUAUUCCUGCAUCUUAUACAAAGCAAGUUGGCCAGAAAUGCGUGUUGAGAAUUAGCCCGACCGCCCAGAAAGCCAUCGUUCUUGGAGGCCCUUACUUUAUGUAUAACGGAGUUUGUUUGAACUACGCCGAUUUUACCGUAACUUUGUAUAAACCGGAGGAUUAUAACCUCAAGAAAUUAAGCAAUAUGAAUCAAAGUCAAAGAAGAAGAGGAAUUCAAAACAUUAGAAGAGUUAAGGUUGCGUAA